GUCUUCAUCUUCCUCACCAAAUCAAAAUCCUUACCCUAAGAGUACUAGCUGUGAACGAUGUCGGGUCGUGGUAAAGGAGGCAAGGGGCUCGGCAAGGGAGGAGCAAAGCGUCAUCGGAAAGUUCUCCGUGAUAACAUUCAGGGCAUCACGAAGCCGGCGAUCCGGCGUCUGGCUAGAAGAGGUGGGGUGAAGAGAAUCAGUGGGUUGAUCUACGAGGAGACCAGAGGCGUUCUGAAGAUCUUCUUGGAGAACGUCAUCCGUGAUGCUGUGACUUACACUGAGCACGCUAGGCGGAAGACGGUGACCGCCAUGGAUGUGGUUUACGCCCUCAAGAGGCAGGGAAGGACUCUAUACGGGUUUGAUCCCCUUGUGAGGACAGGGAAGGAGGAGCUGAAACCAUAUCGGUUGAAUCGACUGUUAACAUCUUUGUUUCAAGGUUCUCAAAAUCGGAGAAAUUUUCAGUGUACAAUGUCAGGUCGUGGAAAAGGAGGCAAGGGGCUCGGUAAGGGAGGAGCGAAGCGUCAUCGGAAAGUUCUCCGUGAUAACAUUCAGGGAAUCACUAAGCCGGCUAUCCGGCGUCUUGCGAGAAGAGGUGGAGUGAAGAGAAUCAGCGGGUUGAUCUACGAGGAGACCAGAGGCGUUUUGAAGAUCUUCUUGGAGAACGUUAUUCGCGAUGCUGUGACGUACACUGAGCACGCCAGGCGGAAGACGGUGACCGCCAUGGAUGUUGUUUACGCCCUUAAGAGGCAGGGAAGGACUCUGUACGGGUUCGGUGGUUAAGAUUCGUGUAAUUGAAUUUACGCCGUCUUUGGCCAUAGUAUUUCCGUUUUUGUCGAAAUUCACCAUCUGAAUUUCGUCAAUUUUUUUUAAUUUUUUUUUGUUCUUAGUUUUGUUUAGGGUUUGUGAUGUGUAGACGAUGUCUUCAAAUGGCUAAGAACUGCAGUUCUUUUAACAGGAAAAGACUUGCUACGUUCUCCAAUCUGACUUGCAGCUAAAUUGUCAGAGCCCUUGUGUGGCAAUGGAACGGGAGGAUCUGAAUCGAUGUCGAUUAAUCGACUGUUAGCAUGAGUGUGAAAUAUUUGUUUUCAUUUUAUUGACAAAAUGAAAGUAUAUGAUCUCUUAUUGAAUGUCAAUUUGGCCGAAUCGACCAAACUCUUUAAA